UCUCUUCUUGGGAAUCGAUUUGCACGGGGAUCGAGUUUCUCUUCAGACUGCCGUGUUUAGCUCCACAUUUAGGUAGAUUUGGCUCGCCAGAGGAUUCAUGAAAACAACAGGGGCAUGCUGGUCACGCAGUAGCCUGUGAUUUUCUGUUUGUCCUGUCUGAACAAGGCCUUACGGAAAUACAGACCUGACACCACUGAACUCAGCAAGCAUUACCCUCAACGGGCUUAAGUUGUUUUUUAUAUGAUAAACCAACACAAAACCGCACAUUAAUGUGAACAGGAAGAAAAAGGAAAGCUGACUCAUUAUUUUACUAAAAAUGAUCUGAGAAAUGGGUCAUGCUUGGGUUCUAACUCCCUGAUUGGUUUGAUACUUUGCAAACCAAUCUUUUGUUACAAUGCAUCUACAAGUCUACAUAUCUACACUGCUGUUGCAUAUCAAGUUGUUUUGUUUUUGGUUUUUUUGUUUUUUGGUGGGGAUGCGGGGACUUUGGCCUAUUCUUCCUUGCCAAAAAGUUUUGAAGUUUUGGUGCAGACAAUUGAAUCCAUGUCUGGACUUUGACUGGGCCAUUGUAACACAUGGAGUACAAUGCAUCUCUGGCUUUGUGUUUGAGGCUGUUUAUCCCGCUAGAUGGAUCCUUGAAAGCUGCUGCCUUUAAAUUCAUUCCUUCCGCAGCUGAAUCCAAUGAAUGCUUCGCUACCAGGCCUCUGCAGAGCUGAAUGACUGCUGAUGAGAGAAUUCAGGCAUUUGAUUCACGUGUGUUGGAAAAAGAAAGGUAUCUAAAAGCUGCAGGAUGGUUGGUCGUAAAGACUGGACUUUGCCACUCCUGUGCUGGAAGAUUAGCCUCAGGUUUUUAAAACCACUUUUACGUUUUCCUGAUUGCCCACUGUUAGCUUCUCAUAUCUCCCUAAUAAACCUGGCCAGCUGCCAUGAUGCUGCCACAAUUGUGUGGACAAUAUGACCAGCGUGAAGUGAAAUAUUACUCUUUUUUUUCUCAAAUAUUUUUUCCGAUGUGGUCCAAAAACGUACAGUUUCACUUUAUCUGACCACAGUUUUUUUUUCUUCCACAGGUUUGCUGUUUUUUCUACUUAGUUUUUGAUAAACUGCAAAAUGGAACUUCUUCUCCAGAGUUACCAUUGGCCUCUUGGCUGCUUCUAUGGUUAAAGUUUUCCUUUUCCAGCCAGACAAUGUUAAUUUCAGGUACAAGCGGGUGGUGACGUCCUGGCGGGCGGGCAUGGCUGUGGUGAUAUGCUGGACGUUGGCGUUCAUCGUGGGACUGACGCCCAUGUUAGGGUGGAACAAUCUGAAGCGCCUGCAGGAGAACGGCACGAUCGGCCCGGACCUCAUCGUCACCUGCCAGUUUGAGACCGUCAUCAGUAUGAAGUACAUGGUUUACUUCAACUUCUUCGGCUGCGUCCUGCCGCCUCUGCUGUUCAUGCUGGUCAUAUACGUGGAGAUUUUUUACAUGAUCCACAAGCAGCUGAACAACAAGAAAAUCACCUCCAGCUUCUCAGACCCCAACAAGUACUAUAACAAAGAGUUGAAUCUUGCCAAAUCUCUUGUUCUGGUGUUCGUUCUGUUCGCCAUCAGCUGGCUCCCUCUUCAUAUCAUCAACUGCAUCACGUUCUUCUGUCCCCAGUGUGACAAGCCGAUGGUUCUGCUCUACAUUGCCAUCCUGCUCACUCACGGCAACUCCGCUGUCAACCCAAUCGUCUACGCUUUCCGCAUCAAAAAGUUUCGCACUGCAUUUCAGAAAAUAUGGCAGCAGUACUUCUGCUGCAAGGAGACGCUGGCGUUGGACUUCCAGCAUAGUGACAGAAAAGACACGCCCAAUCUGGAGCCAAAACCGGCUGCGUCGCUUCAGCCUACUCAAUUGGGGGUCUUUAAAUCGUAUCCUUCAAUGGAGGUGCAGCUGCAGCUCCAGCCGUCUCCGCUGGAACUGCAGGAUGAGCAGAAGAUUAAAACACCUCAGCAUACUUACAAACUUCCCCCUUUUGUCGAGCAGAGUGUAGCCUGAGCGAAGGAGAGAAAUGGAUGGUUAAAGAAAUAACCUCUUGUCCAAAAGCGGUGGCUCUCUCCUCAUCUGAAUGUAGUAUGAAGAGAACAGAUCACAGCAAGGCACCACAAAGCUCUUGCAAUUAGUAACGUGGUUCUGUGGAAGAUUGUUCGUCCUCAGGAAGAGCAUACAUGCACAAAACAGUGCCGGAAGCGUACUGAGAAGCCUGCAGUGUCUAUUUAUGUGCUUAUCUUAGUAAGAUACUGAACACAUGAAGCUUUGACUGUUCUAUUACUUAUGAUGAAGCAGUUUGUGUGAACAUUAGAAAAUGUGCAAUGUAAAUAAUUGUGGUUUGUCAAGUAUCAGCAUCUCGCCUGAACAUUUAUACAUCAGAUAAAGCAGGGUAAUCUUACUACUUUAAUACUGUGUAUGUUCCAACUGACUCUGGC